AUGAUCCUUGCCAAACGGGUUUCAAUUUCUUCUUUAAGAAGUGGGGUGUAUUUGGUAAGUGAAUUAUUCAUUUUUUUCCCUGAAUGUUAUUCAUGGUGGUAUUAGGCUUUUUUGAUCGUGACCAGGGUUACCAGACCCUCUUUAUAGAGGAUUCGGGAGGAUAUUUAGAAAACAUAAAAGACCAUUAGUGAUUUUUAUCCUCGGCUCCGCCUAAAAACAAGAAAAUAUGCUAACCAUCCAAACCGAGAAAUUUUGGUUGUGACAUCAACUUCAGUUAACUUUCCUUUUCAUUUGAGACAAAUAUUUUCGAGAAAAUCGCUGUCUUCUCUCAACUAACCAUUAUAAUCCACAAAUUCAGGAAUACUUAGGAUAGCUUGUCACUUCACACCCUUUUAUUCAGUCUUGGGUGGACUGGUUUCAAUUUUUAUUACAUCCAUUUUGAAAUCACUGGUGAUCCUUGCAAUCUGAUUAGCUCUCAUCUGUGCGAUUUAUUCACGAUUUAUUGCACCAUAUUUUGCUCUAGAUCGCAUCAUUUUCUCAGCCAAUGACAAAAGUUUUACUCAAUCACAACAGUCAAACAGAUUCGAUGCUUGUUUAAAGUAGGCAAUCAAAUUGCAGGAAAAUUAAUGAAAUACAACUUUUGCAACUUUUUACAAACCAGCUCAGAACUGGAUCAGUAAAGUAUUUGUACGGAUAAAAAGUACUAUAUUUCAGCGAUUGAAAUUUUCUAUUUCAAAAGCGAUGUAAUAAAGUGGUAAAUUAUCUUCGUGUUGUGAAAUUUUGGUCUGAAAUUAUACUUCCAAUUUCAAAUGAAACUCGCGCUGCGCGCUCGUUUGAUUUUGACAUGACGCGUAUGGUUUCAGACCAAAUUGCACUCCACACAGUUCAAUUACCAUUAUUUAUUAUUUCUAUUUUCCACUUAGUUUGCCUGUAUUGUAGUGGCUGUGUUGGUUGUGUUCUGGUUGCCGAUGAUUUCAUUCUCGAGACCAACUCCAAAAGAGAACAUGGAAACUACUCUUGUAUUAGGUAAGAACGCCCGUGUUUAAAUCACCGAACCCGCCAACGAGUUCAAAGCUACGUAAUUUUUACCUUAUGUCAAAGGUCUGUCCGAACAGCUUCGCUGUUACCCACAACAACAAGGCGUACGCGCUGUUUUCAAGUCGGAGACUACGCUAAGAUCUCAGCUAUUACGACCAAGAGACGCUGUCGACCCGGCUAAACAAGAUGGCGUAAUUGACAGGAUUCCUUAUGAAUGCGGCAAGGUGUACAUCGGAGAGACUGGAAGACCCAUGCAAGACAGAAUUAAGGAGCACGAUCGAGACAUCCGACUCGCCCGUACCGAGACCUCCGCCGUUUCAGAGCAUACCCACAACACUGGACAAGCCACUCUGGAACGAAGUAAAGUUUAUUGAUCGUGACCCUUAUUACUACACACGCAGGGUCAGGGUCAGAGGCAAUUCAAAUAAGACUUCACCCUGACAACACCAACAGGGAUAGUGGAAUAGAAAUUUCAGAAGCGUGGAUGCCCACGAUCAAAAAACACAACAAUAGGAGAGCCGUGCGACAGCGGACCUCCGAGGGAGCAAAUCACUGAGUGAAACAGCAAGGAUCGAAAUGCGCCAAUCAUAGCUGUUGAAAAAACAACCAAUCACAGCAGAGCAUCAUACUUUAUAAGAUCACGCAUGAACAGUCGCAUUCAUCGCCUGAAGAAGACUAGCAGUUUCGGUCGAAACGUCGCGAUCUAAAUAACACGUGACUACAUCGUGAGACAUUCGAAAACUUAGCUUUUAUUGUUAUUCACCACGAUGAAUAACCACAGCCUUUUUUUACGAAAAUCACUACAACCUUCUCAAAGCAAAAGAGCGCUGCAUUUUUAAUUACUCGUCCAAAGGGGCGCUUGAUAAUAAAGUUCCAUUUCGCGUACGAACUUUGCGAGAAGGCUAUAUAAGGGAACCAGACCUCCCCCAUCAGCUUAAAAAUUAAAUGAUAAUGAUUAGAUUUCUCUAGAGGGCUGCUACUUGAUCUAAGCGCGCUUUAAAAAAAAUGAAAGAAUGGGAAGACAGCGUAGCCGAUUCGAAAGAGUGUGAUUUGCCAACAAUAUCUAGUUCUCAGAUAUAGCAACAUCAAAAGUUAUCAUCUUGUUUAUUUUUUGGAGGGUAUUUCAUAUAAUAUACACAGUUUUUAAACGAAGGUGUUGGGCUGAUGUUCUGCUGUUUAUUAAAUUUUGUUGCGCCUGCGAUCUUGUGGGCAUUCUAAUUAAGGCCUUGUCCAUUUGAAAGUGUAAUUUUAUUUCUUUACUUAGGCAACCAAACUGAAAUCAAGUGCAAGCCUCACAGGUAAGAAGAGGCAUAACUGAUGCUCUAUUGCUCUAAUGAUAAGACGUGAUUUUGUAUCCAGUCACCAACCGCGUGCUUAAUUAACUACGGGCUUGAUGUUGAUGCUAUAAAGGUCGGUGCACGUAUCGCUUGGUCGUUCGUGCAAGGAUCUGGGCUCUAAACAAGUUUGCACAAUAAAUGUAUCCUGUAUGCUCAAAUGUCUUUAGAUGCUGAGUCAAAAGCAAAAUUCAUCGACAGAUGCGAUCAAUCAAUGUGGACUGAUAUUUUUUAAUUGUAGGAACCAUUAACAUGCCUUUUCUGUCUUUUAGACCCGACCAGGAUGGUAUAAAGCAAAUUACUGACCAUAAUGGGCCGUUAGACCGUAUCGAGAGUAGGAAAUGUGACGACAAUCAUUACUCAGAUAUCUGUGCAUUUGGAAAAACAGAAUCUAGAAACCAGGCCCUGUCGUGUGACCUCAAGGUCUGUGGCAAGUCGGAGGUUGAAAUAGCUUCUGUUGAUCCUAAAAUGGGAAAAGCCGUGACGGACUGGAAAUUGUUGCCAAAGGACCAAAUUGAUGUAACAGUUCAAAAGGCCGUCACAUCCAAUUUGGAAAGAGGAUUUAACUUUCUUUUUUUAAGAUGUGGAAGCAUUUUCCAAGUGCUCAGCUUUCCUCCCGUCUUUAGGAAAGUCGACGGCGGCAAAAACAGAACUAAAAUCAAUUUGAAUGUGAUAUUGUUAGACUCCAUCUCCAGGCCGCAUUUUUACCGAAUUCUUCCAAGGGCUGUAAAGGCUCUGCAUAAAAUUUCACAUGAUCCUAAGAUUCAAGCUACCACCUUGGACUUUGAACUUGUUCAGGGCAUAGGACAACAGACAUUUGAAAACAUAAGGCCGUUCUUCUGUGGCGUCCUCAAAGGUGAGUGGAAUUAACUCCAUUAAAAACUGAAUGGCAUAGGUUAUCUUAUCUUAGUGGCUAUGACUUCUCUAUAUUGUAAUUAUGAGAACAUUUCUGAAACGUUUUCAGACGACAACAAAGUUACUGCCUCUUCGAAAAAUACCAGAGCUUCCCUGGGUGUGGAGGUGUUGUAUGGGACCUUCAAGAAAUGGGGCUACCAGACGUUAUUUCAAGAGGAUCUUUGUUGGUACGAUGUAUGGGGAAGCGGGUUAACAGACAUUGAAAAGAGAGCAGUGCCUCAGUCAGAUUCUGAGUUCAAGGAGAGGUAAUAACCGGGUCUAUGUUGCAUGUUUGAUGCUGAAAUGAUGCUUUGUUUGAUACAAGUGUUAUGUAGAUUUUUAAUGCAAUUUAUCUGCCUAUUUUUGCGGAGCACAAAGGUUUUCCUAACAUAACUAAUUAUACUUUAAUUGCUGCUUUAAGAUCUUGCCCCAAUGAAAAGCUUUGAAUACGCACUUGGUAUAAAGUUAUAAAAUGUUUGUUUAGAGGUUGACUGAUACCAGGCAAGUUAAGGUUCUUUGAAUAUUGUUUUAUGGGCGGGUGUCUCUUUGAGUUUAUACAACAAGCACAGAUCUUUAGGGCAGAGUCAGUCUAAUUUUGUCAGGAGGCACAGUGCAAUGGCUAUAUGAACGAUUUAACCACUUAUGAGAGCGUCUUUAUUCGAAUUCCUUUAAAUAUAAACUCAGAACUUAGUGUUAUGCACAGUGUCCGAAAAUACACAGAUUUCUAGAAAGAACUGAAAAAAAAGUAAAAUAAUCCAGUGGUUAUCUAAAUUAUCCUCACAAGUUAGGACAUAUUUCAUCACAGGUGGAAGGAAUUUGAAGAGAAGGUGGCUAAGAAACAAGUUGACCAUCAGGGUAUUACACAUUUUUCAUGCACGGCGUUAGACAAAAUGCUUCGCAGGACCAAUCACUACGAUUAUCCCCAGAAAAUCUGCCUAAAUGGCAAGUUUUAUAGUUGGUAUUUCAUGGACUACAUAACAAAGGUGUACACUGCUCUGAAAAGCGACGAAAAAGCCAAACCUUUGCUAUCCUACAUGCAUUUUAAUACCGGACACGAGACUAAUGGUAAACGGAUGAUCAACAUGGACGCCAACAUGGCGAAAUUCAUCAUAAAUAUAACCUCUUUUUCUGAUACUCUAACGUUGAUAUUAUCUGACCACGGUCACACAAGGACUCCGUUUCGUAACACAAAAGAGGGAGGAAAAGAGUUGUACGAUCCAUUAUUCUUUAUGAUUGUUCCUGAUGGCGUUAGGGAAAAACUUGGUCCAGAAAGGAUGAACGCUCUAGUCACCAACCAAAAGCGCCUUUUCGUGCUUAAAGAUGUACACAAAGCAUUCAUGAGUUUACAUGAUCCUAAGAAAAUGGACUCUGUGGACUAUUCAGUGACAGGAAUUUUUUCAGAGAUUCCAGCAAACCGCACAUGCGCAGACCUCGAAAUGCUCCCCGCUGCCAAAUGUAAAUGUAAAGGUUUUGAUGAAGAAAUUGAGAUAAGAGAAAACGCAGAUGACCACAAGUGGCUAGCAGAAUUUGCUGUGGGAUACAUCAAUAAUGCAAUACAAAGACAACAUAGGGAAGGUAAGAUAUUAAGAGAAAUAAAUAGAUAAAUAAGAAAACCAAGUGGAACUAAGCAGGGUGUAACACUGCUUUUAUAGCUGAUGGGUUUUACACUAUACGUCCUACGUCGGUGUGGUUAAAGAAAUCAGUUAAUUAACAUUUUACCAUCUUUUUGCGAACUGUAAUGGCUUUCAUUACCCAUGUAGGAAUUUUAACCAAAAGUAUAUGCUCAAUGGAGAUAUUUGGGGUCUCACAGGGACAGCAAUUAUCUCCUUGGGUAUACUAUAUCUACUUUCACAAAGUUGUUAAUCUCAUGAUACUUAGCACUGGCGCUAAAUUUGCGUCAGAUCGCCGAUUUGAGUACAAUUAUUCCCUGCUCGGUUUCCUCAUAGACAUUCUUUUAAAUGUUGAAGUGCUUUUAUUCAUUUUAGGUUCUUCGUUUGCUUAUUUUGGAUAUGAUGAUCAUUAACCGGUAAUUGAGUAUUUUACAUCUGUCCCAUGCUCUGUUUCGUUGCAAACCCUUAAUGAGCAGAUCUACAGAGAACAAAGGUUUGUUCCAAUCCAAGAAAUAUCAUGAAAGGGUUUUGAGAGGGUCUAAAAGAGGUGAUGGUUUUAGCUAUCUACCAAGGAAUACAACAUUUGGAACUGUAUUUCCACAUUGCUAGCUUUAUGUGUAAUUCCACAGAACAGGCCUGUUGAGGGUUCAAUCUUUGCUCAUGGGGAAUUAAGCUUAGAUAGACUUCUCUCUCCUCUUUUCAGGAGGUGUCAACUCAUAUGGCUAUGGAAACUGCGAACGCUUGGUUGGCAAAUCGUUUUCAAAAGUGAUCAAACGUUUCCGAGGAGAAUUUAUCGAGACGAACAUGGACAUCCACGUGUUCCCUCCAACCGGUUACAAUGAGGAUGAAGUGUUUAGAGUAACUGUCAAACAGUUCGCUGAACCGAAAGAUGGAGUGUUUUUUCUAAAUUCCAUAAGAGUGACAACUUACAGCAAGUUUGAAAUUUGUGCAGACAAGUCAGUCGAUAUUAAGCUCUGCGCAUGCGCCAAAAAUCAAAUCACUAGGAAAGAAGUGUUGUUUGAGAAUGGCGUUCCAAGCAAAAUGUUUGGUUCGAAGACAGUUGUAAAGAACCUGGACUCCAACUGUUUGUUGUUCAUGAGACGAGAUUACAGGUCGUUUUCUUUUGCAUUAGAAAUAGCCAAUGUUUGCACAAAUACAACUUAUAAAUUUACGAUGACAGGUUCAACGGAUCAAAGAAUUUUUACCAAUACUUUGCCUAUCUCUCUUGAGUUACCUCCCAAAACCUUUCAUUUUCUAACAUCUGUGACCAAGUAUAUCGUGAAGGUAGAUACGGACCUUAAUCUAAAAGCAAGUAUACAGGUUCAGAACAGGGAAUCGGAUACCUUUCACAGUUUAGGAACUGUUGAAGUUUCGUAACGGUUAACAUGCUGUUAUUUGGAACUUUUGAAUUUUACCAUUUUGGCAUUAAUGGGGAAAUCUGAUUGGCCACUUCGCUGCUGUCGAUAAGGGUUCAGGCAACGCUGCUCUCGUCAAAGUGUCAAGCAAUGGUCAUGCGCUGAAAGAAUCGUUUUAUUUGACGUCGAAAACAAGUGGUUUAGCGAGGUCUGUACUCUUGUUGCAGACUCACUCGGCCACAUCUCGUGAGUCCACACUAUUUUGACCACUGUGAUGACGAGUAUCGCUGUCAAUAAGAAUACAGACCAUGUUAAACCACUGUCAAUUUUUUUAAUCUUUAUCCUAGGGUUUAUUACAAAUUUUCUUGGAUAUGUUGAGUUUAAAAUGCCGCAAAAAUAGAUAAACAUUUUAUAACUUAGUGUCAUGCACGUGUCCAAAAAUACACAGAUUUCUAGAAAAUAGUAAAAUAGUGUGGUUAUUCAAAUUUCCCCUACAAGUUGGAGGAUAUUUAAUUACGCUAGAUAUUUAUAAAUUAAAUUAUUUUAAGACUCCUUUGUGGUAAGUGUUGUUGUAGGAAAGUAUUUCAGUAACUAUCGAAGAAUUUUGAUUAACAGAGUGAAUUGUAAUAUAUGAAUACAAAAUUUAAGUAUAGGCCGAUUGGAGUCUGGCUAAGAAUAGUGGCUCACGAUUUUAUUUUGAGGUCUAGACAAUUAUUUUACUUCAUAAAUGCCUUUAUAUCGUGCGGUCAUCAUGCUUCUUUUUUGACAGGGAGGGAGUGGGUGGGGGUCCUUUAGAUCAUAACCUCAUUUCGC